UCUGCUAAUGAGCUAGUAUUGGAGCCAAGUCUGCUGAAGCAGAAAUAAAUCUAAGGUUGCAGGACCCUGUCCCUUGAUGGCUGGAGUUUGAGUUCGUUACAAGUUUAUUUUAAAGCAAAAAGCCUAAAUAUUAGAUUCUUAAAACGAGGUAACGGGAUGUUAUUUUCCUCAGCUUUUAAAUUAGCUUAUGUGGAAUGAAAUAAUUAUUCACACUGUUAUUACUUUUAUUAACCAGGUUAUUCAUUCAAUUAGUAUACUUUUAUUAUAUGUGUCUUACUUAUUAAAGUUAAGGUGCCUUUCUGUUUGGAGCUGUAUCUUCCUCAUACAGGAAGACGCUGACAGGAAACGCCAACCUUUUGUAAAUCAGUUUGAGGUUUCAAAGCUUGUUCCAUUUUGAAUGUAUUUCUGCCCAACAACUAGUACAGACACCUGGCUGCUGACAAAGAUAGAAGAGUAUUUGCACCUGCUCUGUCUAAACAAUUGAACUCUCGGGGUGUGAAGUAUGGGUUUCGUGCCACCUAGGCGUCUAAAGAUCUGUAUAAAACUGAUGUUCUGUAUGAUGUAUUGAGAGAGUUUGUCUGAUAGCGUCUGGCUGCACACAUCAUCUCGCCUGCGCAGGUUUUUCUUUAAUAAAGCUGUGUUUUUGUUCUGCUUUUAAGUCGUGGUCAUAGUGCAUUUUUCCGGGGGUCUACACUAACUUUUGUUAUGCAGUUUUGAGGGGAAAUACACACUACAGCCUCACCAAGAUCCAGCAGCAUUCUCAUUCCUGACAAGGAGAAAAAAAAAACCAUGGCCAACCAGAAUGAUGGAACUCCUCUGCCGCGUACUGACUCAGAGGUGCAUCCGACUCAUUCAUUUUUGUGGAGAUGCAAUGAGAAAAAUUUCAACAACAUGACCUGCAAUAAAGCUGGGACUGUAGAGACGUCACUGAAGAAGAGCCCCAAAUUUGCAAAAAUGGCAGAGAAGAACAAAGAGAAAGAACUUGUUAUUAUAAGGGAUGGAAAAGCCAUCAGUCCACACGUGCCUUGCACAUUCAUUAAAAAAGGAGACCAUUUGACUGUGAAAUAUGUUAAAGCUGUAGAGCGGCCAAAGAAACCGGUUGGUGCCUAUGUUUCUCUCUGCAGGAACAAACUGCCUUCUAACUUUGUAAUGUUCCAUGUGUUGACAAAGGGAGGUAAAAAUAUAGUUAGAAUCAUGAAAAACUCAGCUCUGCGAGCAUUCCAAGAAAUUUCUGUUUAUGCUUACAAAGGAGAGCGAGUGAAGGUGGCUCUGAAACGAGAUGGACGUCUUCACAGCUCCAUAUUUAAGAAGAACUUUGUGCUUUCUAAUAAAAGCACUUCAGUAAUAACGGAGCUCUCUAACCCUGUUGAUGAGCUCAAUGAUGAAACAUUCCAGAUUAUUUUGCUAGACAAGUCAGAUCCACCACUGAGUUUGCCUGGUAGCCUUGAUGAAGCAUAUCUGAUGUCAAAUGAAGACCAGGGUCAGUCUGAGGCAGAGAAUAACAUCACAGUAAAACAGAAACUGGAGCCCAAAGAGGAAAUGACACCAAGAAAUUUAAUGCUAGAAAUACCCAAUUCAAAAAGGACACAGAACCAGUUAUGUUUCCAGUUUGAGGAAUUUUUGAAAGGCAUAAAAACUCAGGUUCCUAUGCUGUCUCAUUUCCAGAAUCUGUUCCGUGUGGACUUUGGUCAGAGUACUCAGAUGUGCAAUGAGGUGAGAACCAUGAAAAGGCUGAUGUGUUACAGUGAUUCAGUCUGUCAGGUGAGAAUAAAUGGCCAUCCAGCCGGAAGUGGGUUCCUCCUGUUUAGUAACUACGUCUUCACUAAUGGCCAUGUUGUUCAAGAUAUUUAUGAUGAAAACAGGUGCCAAUUAAACGAGAGAGUCUCUGUACACUUCUCUUAUGAAAGUGUGGAUCAGGCUGAAGGAGCACUGGAUGUGUUGGAGCUUGUUUGCUUUGAGAUGAACCCUGAUGUGGCCUGUGGUGACUGGGCUUUGUUAAAGCUCAGUGAUCACCAGGGGCUCCCUCCUGGUCUGUUAGAGCAUAUUGGCUUUCCUCCCAAAGAUGGUGGAAUUUGCAUCAUUGGACAUCCAGAGGGAGGAGUGAAGAAAACAGAUCCAUGUCUGAUUGUUCCCUCUCAAAAUCGCCUUCAUAUUGUUGAAAGACACUACAGGGAGAAUCAGGGCCCAGUUCAGUUCGUUAGUCGCUCUUUUUUUGAAGGUGUAGCAACAUCUGUUCACCGAAAAUAUUUUCUUACAUACGAAUCCUGCUUUUACUAUGCCUCCUCUGGUUCUCCUGUUUUUGAUAAGCACUGCAAUGUUGUGGCGAUGCAUUCAGGGGGGUACAUCUACCGUUCUGCCAACGGUGAAACCAAAAGUGUGAUAGAGUUUGCUCAUCCUUUGCUAGGCAUUAUAGAGCGCCUCGUUAUCCAGAUGGUAGUGAGAGAGAAGAUUCCUGUGUUAAAGGAAUACUUGGCUUUCAGGUACGCUCGUCACGAAAUCGUUAUGGAAGGCGUAAAGAAUCUGGUUGAAAAAGAAAAUCUCAUAGAGUUUAAAAAUACAGUCAACAAUUUGCUUACUGUUAGUAAUUUGAAUGACGUGGCUUUAAACAAAUUUUUGAAGUUCUUCAGUCAAAAACACGAGCAUGUCCCGAUGGAGAUUUCCUAAAUAUGCCUUUGAUAAAGUGCUGACAAAAAUUCCUUACGGUUUUAUUUAGGGAUCCUUUUUUUCUCAUGUUUUUAUUUUAUUAUUAAACAACUUAAAAUCAUGUACACAUGCUUUUUGUAGAUAACACAUCUAGAUUCAGUUUUUUGAAGGUAAAUGUGAAAAUGAACCAAAUAUUAUAGUCACUCAUUUAAUUUAAAAUGAACUAUAAUACAAUGUGAGAAUGAAAUAAAACUGUAUGUUUCACUGUAUGUUCUUUCAUUUUAAAGCACUUUCAAUACUGUGUCUCAUUUGGGGACUUACUGGGUAAUAAAAUAACAUUGAAUGAAAUUCUCAUCUUUCAAAAUUUGAUAAAUUUCCUUGUAUAUACUAAUAUAUUUUUAUAUGUAUAUCCAGAUAUCCAAGAAUAUGUUGAUGUGAUUCUUGGAUAUCUGUGAAAUACUUUUAAGGUAAAAGAAUAUCCUUAUAAUGGUUCAUUUUAAAUUUCAAAAAAGCGUUUUUUCCUGUCCUUUCUGGAGAAAAUGCUUCUGAUGGCCUAGUUGUAUUUUACUUCUUUUGACAUUUCCAAAGUUGUGCAGUAAUAUGAUUGUAUUUCUUUGGCUGCUGACAUUUUAUAUACUUGCAUUCGUAGUUCACUACAAUUUAGAAUGAGCAAUAAUUUAUCACUGUUUGGAUCUUUGGCUUUUUUUCUUUUCUUAGACUUUAUUUUUGGAAGGAGUCUGAUUAUAUAUCUUCAUGUCUCAUUAUUUAGUAUAAAACAAUUUAUUUUAUAUAUUAUUUUUUCUUUUAAAAAUAUUGACAUAAAGCUUUAUGGGACAUUUCAUAAAGAUAAAUGUGUGCUGUGAAAUUAUGUCUUUGUAUGUUUAGCAGAAAUCGCAAACUUUAUAUUUAGAUAAUUUUUCUGUUUAAAGACACAUUUAAGGUGCUAUGGUUUGUAAAACUAUUCACAUGCCUUGAAAAUUUCACACCUUGUCAUCUUAAAAUUAAAAACUUUCUGCUACUUUUU